AUGAAAGCAACUGUAUUUAGUGUCGUUUUUAAUUUAUAUGAGAGAAUUACGCAAAAAAGAAAAUGGAUUCUACUUUAUUCCUUCAUCUCCUUGCUGGCAGCAGCACCUGCCCAUGUAAGAUGCGCUUCGUUUAAUCACAAAAAUGAAUCUGUAAGUAAUGAACUUAGUUCAUUUAAUAUCUUAAAAGAGGAUAUAAAAUAUCCAGAUUCAGAUCCACUUGAUGAUCAUGUAUUCGAUUUAGAAGGACUUAAUCUGAAGUAUGAGCAUCUGGAUGAAUUGGGUAAUUCUUUUUUUAGGCAUAAUAAUAAAAAAAUUUACAUGGCUCAAUAUGCAGCUAAUAAUCCAAUACAAGAUAGAUGUUUUGCGUAUAACAUCAACAUGAAUAAUAGCAAAUUAGCACCAAUUAAUAGUUAUCAAAAAAUAAAAGAAAAAGAAGAUAGAAAUUUUAUUAAAUCAUUUGACAAAAUGGUUUUAAAAAGUGUUUCAGAAGCAGCACCCUCUACAAGUGCUGACUUUUAUUCUCAGAUGAUGAAUCUCUCUUUUUUAAGGGGAUUCGGAAAAGGCACACAUAAUGUUUCAGAUGCAAGUGCAUCUGGUGGAUCAGCUCCAGUAAAUCCCAUGGCACCAUGGGAUUCUACGAUUCUAUCGCCGAUCCCAGCAUCUGGUUCACCUAUGAAUUCGCAAAUGGGAACUCCUCCCGUGGGUUCUCCGUUGGGUUCAAGAACACGAAUGUCAAAUCCAGCAGCGCAUCCACAUAUGGAUUUAGGCCCACGAAUGUCCAUGUCACAACCGGGGCCAUCUAUGGGUUCAAGGGCACCAAUGGCCUCACGUGCACAAGGAGCAUCUAUGAAUUCAAGAAAACGGACUCCCUCACCUUCACAAAGGUCACCUGCUGCUCCAAGGAAGCGAACACCAACAUCUGUAUCAAACGCAACUCUGAAUUCUAGAACACGAUUCUCUACACAUACAACGGGUUCACCUAUGGUGGGUUCAGAAAGACCAGCAUCGAUUUCACCUCAUGUGGGAUCCAUGAGUUCGGGGAAACCAAUACCCAUGUCAUCUCUGGAUGCAUCUAUGGAUUCUGUGGUCCAAUCGCUCAUGUCAGGUGGGUCUCUAAGGGCCGGUGCAGAAGAGGUAGCCAAUAAUACGACCGUAGAAGCAGAUAGAAAAAUAGAAGAAGAAGCUGCUGCAAAGACAAUAGAAAGAACAGUAGAAAGUGUAGAAGCACAACCAUUUGGUUUUGUAGAAACGCAAGCAUCUGAAAAUGUAGAAAAUCAAGCUUCUGAAAAUGUAGAGAAUCAAGCUUCUGAAAAUGUAGAGAAUCAAGCUUCUGAAAAUGUAGAGAAUCAAGCUUCUGAAAAUGUAGAGAAUCAAGCUUCUGAAAGUGUAGAAAAUAAAGCUUCUGAAAGUGUAGACAAUCAAGCUUCUGAAAAUGUAGAGAAUCAAGCUUCUGAAAAUGUAGUAAAUCAAGAAUCUGAAAAUGUUGAAAAUCAAGAAUCUGAAAGUGUAGAAAAUCAAGAAUCUGAAAAUGUAGAAAAUCAAGAAUCUGAAAAUGUAGAAAAUCAAGAAUCUGAAAAUGUUGAAAAUCAAGAAUCUGAAAAUGUAGAAAACCAAGAAUCUGAAAAUGUUGAAAACCAAGAAUCUGAAAAUGUAGAAAAUCAAGAAUCUGAAAAUGUUGAAAAUCAAGAAUCUGAAAAUGUUGAAAACCUAGAAUCUGAAAGUGUAGAAAAUAAAGAAUCUGAAAAUGUAGAAAAUCUAGCUUCUGAAAAUGUAAAAACGAAUCCUAUUGAAAAUAUAAAUUUCCAACCAACUAAACAUAUAAGCUUCCAAAGUGUUAAAAAUUUAGCAGUCCAAAUUGCCGAAAAUAUGGGUAUACAUCCCCCCGAAAAUAUAACUUCCAAACCAUUCGAAUUCAACACAUGGCUGAAUUCAAAAGGAGCAAUUGCAGGUCCAUCAAGGGGACAAGCAAAUGAGUACCCAACAAUAGAGGAUGUGUCGAAAAGUUUCUUCGCAAGAUAUAAUCCAUUUUAUGAUCACGAAAAAUCAGUAAACAACACAUUCCUUUUUGCCGCAGUGAUAGAUGGCCAUGGAGGAGAAGUAAUUGCAGAUGUAGUGAAAAAGUGGCUUGGAUUUUAUGUUAAAAGACAAUUGUUAGAAAAGUUAAGAAAAUCAGAACAAAAAGUUUUAACACCAAAUGAUAUAAUAAAAAGUCUGGAAGCAGCACAUCUUCAGUUGGAUGAUGAUAUUUUAAAAAAAGCAAAAGAAUAUUUUUUUAAAGGAAGUUUAAAAUUUACGAGAUGUGGUGCAUGUUCAUUAAGUGUUUUAAUGGAUAAGAGCGAUUAUUAUAUAAGUAAUAUAGGAGAUUCAAAGGGUUUAUUAAUAAAAAACAAAACAUAUGUUAGAUUAAAUAAUAUUCAUAAUGCUAGCGAACUAAGCGAAAGAAGGAGGUUAAUCCAAGAACAUCCAAAUGAAAUGGAUGUUGUUAUGUGCAAGAGACCUGUAAAAAAUGGAAAUACAAGAACAGCUGAAAUUAUUAACUUAACUGAUCAGCAUUCUGAAUUUCAAGUAAGUGAUGUAGGAAGAUGUUAUGUCAAAGGUCGAUUACAAUGUACAAGAAAUUUCGGAGACUUUUAUUUAAAACAUAAAAUAUUUGCAUUUGAUUAUAAAAAAAAUAGAUUUAUCGUCAAAGAGCCACAUUCCUUUCCCUAUAUUACUGCCAAUCCUGAAGUAAUUAAAUUAAAGAGAAGUGGUGAUGAUGAAUUUAUUGUUUUGGUUUCAGACGGUAUUUCAGAUCAUCUAAGUGAUAAAGAAAUAUUCGAAAUAGUAAAACAUAACAAUUAUUCCGUUUCGAAAAUCACAAAGAUGUUGAUUGAGACAGUUAUAAUGAAAGCAGCAAUGCACGCCAGAGUACCUGCAUCAGAUUUUAUCUCUCGUAUUCCAACUGACAGGAGAAGGAAGUUUUAUGAUGACAUGUCAGUUGUUGUUAUUAAGUUAAAGUGA